AUGUUUUCCGUAGUCGGUAAAGUGGUCGCUUUUUUGGGAAUACUUUGCCUUGUAAAGGCCUACAGUAUAAGCCCGUUCAUUGAAGAUGGAAUUCCUGAAAGGGCCAAUAUAACUAUGGAUCCCUUUGUGAAAAUAGGUGGCGGCUAUUAUUACAUUGAGAAUUCGAAGACUGUGAACUGGUAUGGGGCCUACCACUCUUGUCGCAAAUUGGGCUCCGAACUAGUCACCUUGGAGACCCUGGUCGAAUUGGAGGCCCUACAGGAGUAUAAUCUGACCAGUGGUUUUUACUGGACUUCUGGCUCAGACUUUGCGUUCACAGGAAAUCACGUUUGGUUCACAACCGCCGAGGCUAUAUCAUCCGAUCUGUGGCUUCCCAAUGAACCCAAUAAUGCGGACUGCAACGAACGAUGUGUUUUACUUUCAAUUGCAUUAGCCUUGGCAGAUUCUGGUUUAAACGAUGUCCCCUGCUCAAGAAACACCAGCUUUAUAUGCGAGUCUCCGACACCAGUGACGGCCUCUUUUGUUAUUUGGUAGAAUUUUUUUAAAAGAAUGAGUUAUUCGGACCAUGAUUAGUGGAUAAAUUACAGGAACAUAUCUGCAGAUACUGGUAGAUUGGUAAAGUUUUCAAUAAAAUAAGA